AUGAGUAUCAAGAAUGAAAUUUUAAAAUUAUUUUUAUUGCAACAAAAAAAUACACUAUCUGAUUCAGACAUAAGUCGUUCAUUAAUAUCUCGUGGUAUUGAAUGUUAUACGGAUUCACUUAGAAAAGAAAUAUUAUCAAUAUCAUCAUUAUUUCGACUACAAUCGUUGAAAGAUGGUUCACUUCAAAUUAUAUUAGAACCUAAAAUCCAAAUAUGCACCGACUUUUUCCUUUCUCAAUGUAAACCUAAUCAAUGUGGUCGUUUACAUAUUUGUCGUUUUGCUCCAAACUGUACACGUGGUGGAAGAUGUACAUUUCCACAUGCUCUUACAACUAGUCCCCAUAAUUUAGCCAUUAUACAGCAGACAAAUUAUGAAAUACUUGAUCAAGAUUUAUUAAUUCAAUUGCUGCGUUGUGCUCAAUUUGGUGAGAAGCCACGUGUUGAAUUAACUAACGAUGAUAAUGAUACACCACCACAACAAAAUCAUCCAAAUACAUCACGUCCAUUUCAACGGGGUGAUGGUAGAAGUAGAGGACGAAGUAGAAAAGCAUUUCAAAGUCAGAUAUUUACAAAUACACGACAUGAACCUUAUCAAAAUAAACGAGAAGUUUUUUCAAAUCAACGACGGUCAGGACGAUCAACAACAAGAGGAGGGUCUGGUCAUGUUCAAUCGUUUUAUCGUCCAAGUAGUCAAAAUGAUGACAGUCCUCAGUAUUUGCCGAAAAAUAUGAGAAUUAUCGACAAUCAAGUAGACGUUAUGUUACCGGGAGAAAAUGAGGCUCCACAAGUUGACAGAGAAAUUGUAGAAUUAUUAUUAGUAAAUAAAGAUCAUCGUAUUCGAGAAGUGUUUAAUGAAACGAACGAUGAUGAUUUUCGACACUUUACAAUUGAGUUUGAAUCAAAAGAUUCUGUGGAUAAAUUAUUGGCCCAUCCGUUCUUAACUCAUGGUAAUAUUCAGAUUAAAAUGAAGCGUACAUUACAAUCAAUUGAUAAACAUCGUUUUAUAUUAAAAAUUAGAACAGAUAAAAAGAUUGAUUCCAUAAAAUUAGAAUUGUACAUAGAUACAUUAAUUAAAAAUAGAAAAAGAAUAAUUACAGAUAUGACAAAUGAAGAAGAAAGUGGGCAAGAAUUUGAUCAGAUUUCAUUGAUUCAAUGUGAUGAAGAAAUCGAUUUUGAGAAAUUACGGGAGGCACAUUCAAUGAAAAAACAAUUACAAAAUAAAAAUGUUAUGAUCGGCGAAGUGUAUGAGUUACAAAAAAUUAAAAUUAAAUUAAAAGAACAAAAUAAUAAGCAAGAAGAAAAUGUUUUCACUGUCAUGCAGCCAAAACAAUUUACAUUUAAUAUAUUGAAACACAUAUUUUCAUCAUUAUGGUCGGAUGUGUUUUCAUGGACAAUCAAACAAAAAACUGCUGUUAUUGACCUAGUCAAUUCAAAUGCCUUGGAAAGAUGGCUUUCACGAUCUGAUGAAUAUGAAAAACAAUUUGGUAUAUCUAUUAGACCUAUAUUUGCUUUUGUGGAGAAGGAUCUGGGUGAUGUUGUGGAUACACACUCAGUCGUUUUGACUGAACUAUCAGAAAAUUUGGCGAAAACAACUAUAACACCAUCGGUAGUUGCAACAUCGUCAGAUGAACAACCAUACAUUAAUCUGAAACCAGAGUGGACCUUAAUCUUAUGUCAUCCGACAUUCCAAGUGCAAUAUAAAGAGUAUCUAAAAGCCUCAAUUGGUUUUGAUGUACAAAUUAAUGGAUCGAUGGUUGCAUUAAUAAAUGCGCCUUUAAAUACUUCAAACAGACAAGUGUUAUACAAUAGAACGAACACUUUUAUGCAAGGAUUUGUUUUUAAACAAUUAAAUAGACCAUCUAUGGCAAAUAUACAUUUGCUUAAUGCAAAUUCACAUCGAAUCGCCUUUCAAAGAAUACCAGAUAAAAAUGCCUAUUCUUUAGCAUCUAAUUAUGAUACUAUGAAUGAAUUAUUUCCGUAUUUAUGUUCUCGAUUAAUACCUGAAAGAAUAACUGAACGACCACUACCACAGCAACAACAACAACAACAACAUCAACAAUUGUCCUCUCCUGACACUGCUCAAUUUCUAUCACCAAUAAUUUCGAAUGUGAAAACAGUUGAGAAACGAUCACUACCUGUACCUCAUCAACCGUUACUUGAGUCUAUUCAAUAUCCAAUUGAUGCUCAAUCGCAUGUUCAAUUUUUUUUAAUGAAAUCAUUCGAAGAGCGUUUUUCAAAUUAUCUUCAAGGUGCAUACAAUGUUAAAAGUAGUAUUGAAUCUAAUAUUGGUAAAGAUGCUAAUGAUAAACAACAACAGCAAAAGAAUUAUCGAAUUAUAAUAAAAAUAAUCGGUGAAAUAAAUGAUGUAUCGUCGGCUAGAACAGCUAUAGAUGGACUGUUUUCCUCUUUGGAAACGAAAGUGUUUAGUGAAAAAACUGUUGGUACAUGGACAAAAAUCGCUGAUUCCGCUCAUGUAAUUCAACACCAUAUGAAUAGUAAAAAUGUUUUAUGCUGUUGUACAUAUUCGAAAAAUUCUUUAAUUAUACAUUAUUUUAAUCAAAAAAAUGCACAGUUUGGUGUUGAUAAAUCACAAAUUGAUGAAAUAAUUAAUGGAACAUUUUUAUCUGCCACAACUUCCUAUCAAUCAUUGUUAUCAUCAUCAAAAUUAAAAGAGAAAUGGCAAGAUUGUGAAAAAAAAAUACGAAAUCGUCCAGAUUAUAAUCAACAAAUUUGUUUGUUAUCUGAAGAAAAAUCAAUUUAUUUAUUUGGUUUACCAGCAAUAGUCAAAGAACUUCAUGCAACAUUUGAAAAAUUGAAAACAGAGCAUGAAACAAAAUUAUUUAAAUUAACAUUAAAUCAAAAUCAAAUAAAAUAUUUGUUAAAUGUAUGCUCUUCAGAUUUAAAAGCAUUAGAUGAAAAACAUAAAAUGGAUGGAGUUGAAAUUAUGUCAAAAUUGAAAAAUAGUGAAAUAUUAGCACCGAUUAAUAUGUUCGAAAACUUAAAAUUACGUAUAUUAGAAUAUGCACAAAUAACAACAUCAACAUUCGACAUUUGUGAACCUGGUUUUGCUUCCUUAAUUCAAAAUCAAAAAUCUAUUAUUAUUGAUAAAGCUCGAGAAUGUCGAUGUUAUGUUACAACGAAAAUUGAAACAACGCAAGUACAAGUUAAAGUUCCUAAGGCACAUACAGUUGAUAAUAAUGACAAUGAACAAAAAAUACAAGGAGGAGCGUGCGCUUCUGCUAUUCCAACAUCGUCCUCUCAAUUAGUAACAAGUGUUAAUAUUAAUAUGGGAGUAAUUCGUGUUUGUUUAGAUGAUUUAACAACAAGAAAAGAUGAUGUUAUUGUUGUUAAUUUAACAUCGGAAGUCUUGAAAAAUGCAGUGCUUAAAGCAGCUGGACAACAAGUUUCGGAUGAAUUGGUCAACUUUGUAAAUAAUUAUCAAACAACAAACUUAAUUGAAACAUCACCUGGUCUCCUGGCUUGUAAAAAAAUAAUAUUUCUCCAAUGGUCUCCACAAGCAAAAGAUGUAAAUUUGUUUCAAUCAAACAAACAAUCAAUUUCUGAUUUUGUAUCAGAAGCAAUCACGUAUGCAUUUAAAAAUAAGUACAAAAGUAUUGCAUUUCCAGCGAUUGGUUGUGGAAAAUUUGGUAUAAAACCUGAUAUAAUUGGUGAAGCAAUGAUAUCUGAAGCCGAAAGACAAUUGAUAAAAUAUCCAAAAGAUAAUUUUUCAGUAUCAUUUGUUUUAUUACCUCAACAACAAUCUGUCUACGAUGAAUUUUGUAAACAGUUAAAUCUCAUCAAAUCUGCAAACUUUUCCCUAAUACCUACAAAUUUGAAUUCCGGAAAUGUUUCACGAUCUCAUAUAACAAUGCCUUUUGAACAACAAAUCGUCAAAAUUACAUUAAUAAGUUCAACUGAAGAACAUAUAAUCCGAUGUUAUAAUUCUCUUUUAGAAUUAAGUAAAAAAUGUACAUUGAAACUCAAAUUGAGUAAUAAACAAGAUUUAAAAGAUUGGACCCAGUCGACAGUAGAUAAAUAUUAUAAAUAUUGCCUUGAUCGAAAAAUAGAACCGAUAUUGGACAUAUCGAAUGGUGUACUCGAAUUAAAUGGUCCGAAAGAUGAUGUCGAUCAAGCGGAAAAAUACUAUUAUGAAUUGGUGACAGAAACAUUGAAACAAGCACAUAAACAUGUCUUAUCGCGGGGUAUUAUUUGGUCAGUUGAGCUGACACCAAACGAUGGACAAUGGGAACAAUAUUCAUAUAAAAUGAAUGCGGAAAUUGAAGAUGCGUAUCAGAGAAAGUCUCCAUAUAUCGAUUUGCAAAAUGAAAGUAAAGAACAAGUUCGUAUUAAAUUUGAUAAAAAUCAAAUGUGUGAAGAAUCUUCAAAAACAACACGAAAUAUACAACGAAAAGUAAUUAAUCAAAAUUUACCAGAUAAUUGGGAAACUUCAGAUGUCAAUUGUAAACGUGUUCAAUUAAAAACAGGAUCACCUGAAUAUGCAAAAGUUUUGAACUUAUUUGAUGUAACGAUGCGCGGUAAUUAUGUACAAAUAGUGAAAAUUGAACGAAUUCAAAAUGAACGAUGGUUUAAACAAUAUGCGGCACACCGUGACGAAUUUAAUCUACGUAAUAAACAAAAUAACGCAAUAAACAAUAAUGAGAAAUUAUUGUUUCAUGGUUGUCUUGAUACAACUGCUGAUAAGAUCGUUCAAGAAUGUUUCAAUCGGUCGUUUGCUGGAGUCAACGGAAUUGCCUACGGAUGGGGUGUUUAUUUUGCUACAAGUGCCUUAUAUUCACACGCUUUUGCAAAACCCAAUGCGAGGGGUGAGAGAACAACGUUUUUGGCACGUGUACUAAUUGGAAAUACAAUGGUUGGCGAUCCGUCUAUAAAAGUGCCACCAACCGGCUGGGAUACUACAACUAGUAAAGACCAAGGAAUCUUUGUUGUUUAUCACGACGCACAAUCAUAUGCUGAUUAUCUUAUUACAUAUAAAUAA